AUGUCAGCUUCGGAAUCUUCGGCAACAUCAAGCGUCGCACCUCACGACCACGGGUCUUCGCAGGUUGAAACCUCCAUACCUCAAUUAGAAACCCUCAUUUCUCAUCUGGUCGCGGCCAAGCGAUCAUUGUCUUCCAUCAAUCAUGUGUGGCGAGCGAAUGAAAUCGUGACAUCCGCCCGGUCCGCUUUGGAAGAAAGCGUUGUAGUGUCCGCACGAACGGGCUUUUUGAGGAAGGGGCUAAACAACCAAUUGCGACUCCUUUACAGCGUGCGGGCUGAGGUCGAAGAAGUCUCCGUGCGCGGCCGGUCAGAGUUUGCCGGCGUCUUACGAAGUCUUGAUGCCGCUGACGCCCGUCUGCGGAAGACCUUGAACCUAUUGCGCGAGACCAUCGUUCAUGCAUCAUUUCGCCCGGAAGGAGAAGAGCCUAAGAGUCUGCACGAUUUUGUCGAUGAGCGUGGCGUGGAAGAGCUCAAUUCAGCUCUGAAGAGUGCAAUUGAUCGCACAAAUGCCGCCCAGACAGAGCUUGAGACAUCCAAUUGCGCGUUUGAUGACGAGCUACAAUCUAUUAAGGAGGCGUUGGGCAAUUACCGAGCCGUCACGAAAAUGGCAUCUUCCCGGACAUCCGCAUCGUCAUCUUCGUCAUCCGCAUCCAAUGCGAGCUUACCAUCUAUGUCAGGAGUACCGUCUAUGUUACAUUCUUUGGAAAUGCACGCUCAGGAAAUGGCUAAUCUACUGGAAUCCCUCGUGCGCCACUUCGACCUUUGCGUGACAGCUGUCAAGCAUACGGAGGGCGGAGGUGCGGCAGCAAGAUCCAUCACCGGCGACAUGCCGGCCGGAAUGAACGUCAGUGGCCGGGGCGGUCCAAAUAUCGAGGAAGGCAUCAACGCUAACCUCAAUGCGCCCCUUGACCCUCUCAGCAACUCCGAAUACAGAGAAAUGGUCAAUGUCCUGAUCAAAGACGCAGCAGAGGCAGAGGAUGUGGUGAUGGAGAUCCAAGACCGCAUUGGUGAGAUGGAGUCAAUAUAUGAGAAUAUAUUAGGACAGAGAGACGCAGUUUUGGCUGUGUACAAUGCCACCACCUCUGUUUUCGAGCACAUCUCGUCUCUUGCCUCCGCACGGCUUGCCGGCUAUAUAGCCCAGGCGCACACUUUCACACGAGUCUGGAACGAUGAGCACGAGCAUAUCCAAGGUGGGUUGUCGGACCUGUCCGAUCUGAACACCCUGUAUGAUGGCUUUUUGGAGGCAUAUGAUGGCCUCAUUCUAGAAGUCGCUCGUCGAAGACACGUACGGCAGCGUGUUGAGAAGGUCCUCCGUGAUGCAAAACACAAAUUGGACCAAUUGUAUGAGGAGGACGUCAAUGCACGCGAGACAUUCAGAGUAGAGCAAGGCGAUUACCUCCCGUCCGAUAUAUGGCCCGGGAUUGGACGGGAGCCCAUGCGCAUUGAGUUCCGUCGCAUAUCUGGCGGCACUUUGAAGGGAGUGCAGGAUCAACAUCCGGAUGAAGACACCGCUCCCCCGUCUGACCCCAAGGACGUGGCAAAUCACACAACUGACGAGAAUCGCGACGAGGGCGAAACCAUACCUGCACUGCCGAAGGCCCUGGUUGAGGAAGCGCUCGCCCGCCUUAAAGCUAGAAAUCGACAAGCCACCUAG